AUGACGGCUUCUCUGAAGGACACAAAGGAAGAUAUUUUCCAUGCAUCCUCAGAUCAUGUCGAUGAGUCGGCGUCUCACAAGGAGAACAAUGCCGUCGUUGGCCAAGAUAAUCUGGGUAUGACGACAGAAGAGUAUGAUGCGGCAGAGAAGAGUCUUGUUCGCAAGCUGGACUUGACUCUUGUGCCAAUGGUGUGGCUUCUUUACCUCUUCAACUAUCUCGACCGCAACAACAUCGCACAAGCAAGACUUAGCUCUUUCGAGAAAGACCUCGGUCUCAAGGGAAACGAAUUCAACGUCGCCGUCUCAAUUCUCAAUGUCGGUUACAUGCUCAUGCAACUUCCAAGUAAUAUGCUUCUUACUCGGACACGACCUUCCUUGUAUAUUCCUUUCUGGACAGCACUGUGGUCAAUCGUCUCCGCAGCCACGGCCGGUGCCAGCAACUACCAACAUCUUCUCGUCAUUCGAUUCUUCCUCGGUAUCGCCGAAGCUCCCUUCUUCCCAGGUAUGCACCUUCUUAGCUGCUGGUACCCACGGAAGGAACUUGCCCGACGAACGGCGAUCCUCUACUCGGGUGUUCUCCUAGCUACCGCAUUUUCUGGUCUUAUUGCCGCUGGCGUCCUGUCAAAUCUUGAAGGUGCGAUGGGUAUUGCUGGAUGGCAAUGGCUGUUCAUCAUUGAAGGUGCUGGAAGCUUUGCUGCGGCUCUGCUUGGUUUUGUACUCUUACCUGACUUUCCGGGUCAGAAGACCGGGACGGUCAAAUGGCUUCUCACUGACGCCGAACAAAAAGUCGCUGUUGAACGAAUCAAGCGAGGCCGCGUUUCUCUUCCCGAGGAGGACAACAGUGUGUGGACCGGCCUAAGGUUGGCUGCUAAGGACAUCAGAACUUGGGUCUUUGUCGUCAUGCUCACAGCCAACCACAGUGCCUAUGGCUUCAACAACUUCUUUCCAACUAUCGUUCAAGGCUUCCAGCUGGGCAACAAGACUCUCACUCUCGUCCUUACCGCACCUCCAUAUCUGCUUGCGACCAUCGUCGCUUUCUUGACCGCUUGGUCGAGCGACCGACGCAAGGAUAGAGGAUACCACAUCGCAGUGCCCCAAGCAGUGGCCUGUAUCGGGUUCAUCAUUUCUGUGUCCACGCUCAACAAUGCCGCACGCUACGCAGCUGCCUUCUUGUACAUCUGCGGAUGCUUUUCAUCCAAUGCCAUGGUAUUCAGCUGGGCCAGUUCUACCCUCAAUCAGACGGUUGAGAAAAGAGCUUGUGCCACGGCCAUCAUCAACCUUCUCAGCCAGCUUGGUAACAUCUGGAGCCCUUACUUCUUCCCGUCGACUGAUGGUCCUCGUUACGUAAAGGCUAAUAUCCUGAUGAUGGCAUUCUCGGCUUUGUCGGUUGUGACAUGUAUGGUUAUGAAGUGGAUGCUGACCAAGGCGAACCGGAAGUUGCGAGAGAGUGGAAACGACUUGAAUUUGUUUACGCUGUAG